AUGGAUGAUGAUGAUAUUUCGAUUAUCGAUCAUUUGAUCAAAGCUGAAGAGAAAGAAAAAGAACCCGGAGCAUUGCAAGUAUUCUGCGCCCGUUUAUGCUUUUGCCGGUGCUUUCGCUCAGAGCAGAAGAGAUCAAGACGAUAUGAUCCAUAUGUUUUUGAGGAUGACAGUUUCGUCUAUUAUGCAUGUUUUGGAUGUAUUCACGUGAAGAAGUUGGCCGUCAUUUUAGUGUUAAUGAAAACAGUUGCUCUUUUUGCUUUUGUUUGUCGUCAAUUGAUCGUCACGAAUUCUUCUCUAACAAAUAUUGCCUCAAUUUUCCUUUUCUUUGCCACAUCUUUAAGCUAUGUGCUUGUUAUUAUUGGAGUUCAAGUGAAAAGAUACACUUUUAUUAUCCCUUAUUUCACCGUUUGUGUAUUGGUGAUCUUAUUGAUGAUCAUGCAAUUAUUCAUGGAUUUUCUCGAGACAGCAAAUCGAAAAACGACACUCGAUAGAGAGCCGUUGCUAAGGAAUUCAGCACUGUUUAUGAUCAUCAUUUUCGAGAUUUACACGCUGGCCGUUGUUUGGAAAGCGUUUAUUUACAUCAACGAUUUUCAGAUGAAUACCGAAUUGCAUUCAAAAGAACGACGCGAAAGACUUAACUCGAUAUUUAUUCGACGAGAUGUCAAAGAUCCAUCAAAUCAGCACAAUUUGAUACCAAUCAAAGAAGAAAGUGAUGAAGAAACGGAAGUACCGGUGACUCUACAAAAGUUAACCCAUAAACGCUCGGAAAAUGCGGUCACA